AAUUAAGAAAGGUCACUCUUAACUCUUCUAAAUGUAAUGUUGAGUUAUAGACCUUGGUUCUUAUCUGUUUUCUGCUGUCGAAGCAAUUUUGAGAUUUUAAUGAUGUCCCUAACUGACAGCUGAAAAACAAUGAAUCAAAAGAUGUUUCGGCCAAGGAAGAAAGUUCUUAUAGCUAUAUUAGUGUUAGGUGCGUUUCCUGUUACCUUCAUGUUGUACAUGCUGGCUAAUGAAGAAAAUGUAUAUUCAUCAUCAUACAGAGAAAAAUUGCUUGUUAGCCCAGUAGAGAUGAAAUUUCUAGAAAGAGUUCAUGAGGUAGAGGAACAAAAUGUGAUGCUACGUAAACAGUUGAGCCAAAAUCAAAAUCAAUUACUCAGACUUCAGAUGACUUUAGCUGCCACAAAUGAUUCAACAAAUUCUGGUAAAAUUAAAUGUGUCAAUGCUGAACCAGAUGUUCCUAAAUGUGAGGUUAUUCAUGUGGCCAUUGUGUGUGCUGGCCAUAACUCAACAAGAGAUGUUGUGACUUUAAUUAAAUCAGUUUUAUUUUAUCGGAGGAACCCAUUACAUUUUCAUUUUUUGUCCGAUGAUGUGGCUGAGAUAAUACUAAGAAAAUUAUUUCAGACAUGGAGUAUUGCAGAAGUACAAGUGAGUUUUUAUCCUGCAGACUCUGUAAAGCCUGACAUUUCCUGGAUACCUAACCGGCACUACUCUGGCGUUUAUGGUCUUAUGAAACUCACGCUCCCUAAAACCUUGCCAGCUUCUAUGAAUAAGGUCAUAGUUUUAGAUACUGAUGUUACAUUUGCCACAGAUAUAGCUGAGUUGUGGAAGAUAUUUAGAGUCCUCAGGGGUAAACAGGCAAUUGGUCUUGUUGAAAAUCAAAGUGAUUGGUACUUGGGAAAGUUAUGGAAAAAUCAUCGCCCUUGGCCAGCAUUGGGAAGAGGAUUCAACACAGGUGUUAUUCUUCUAGAUUUGAAAAUGUUACGUGAGAUAGGGUGGAUGCAGAUGUGGAGAUUAAUUGCAGAGAAAGAAUUGAUGAGCAUACUUUCAGUUUCACUAGCUGAUCAGGAUAUUUUUAAUGCAGUUAUCAAGCAACAUGACUAUUUAGUUUAUAGAUUACCUUGUCAGUGGAAUGUUCAGCUGAGUAUGAACACACAGAGUGAACAGUGUUACAGUGAAGCUUCAGAUCUUAAAAUUAUCCACUGGAAUUCACCCAUGAAAUUAAAAGUUAAAAACAAACAUGUGGAGUUUUUCCGCAACAUGUACCUUACAUUCCUUGAAUAUGAUGGGAAUUUACUGAGGAAAGAGUUGUUUGGUUGUUCAAAUGGUACAUCAAAUCAGACCCAGGAUGUUGUGUCAAGUGAUCGCCUUGAGGAUGAUGACUGCUAUGACUUUCGAUCAGAGCGGGAACUGGUUCAUCGCACCCAUCUUUAUUACUUGGAUUACAAAGAGACAAGCAGCAUCAGUGAGGAUGAUGUCACUCUAGUUUUACAACUUUCUAUGGAUAGAUUACAGAUGCUUGAAAUGAUCUGUAAACACUGGGAGGGGCCAAUAGCUAUUGCACUCUAUAUGUCAGAUGCUGAAGCCCAACAGUUUCUACGCUAUGCCAUGGGCUCAGAAACUAUAAUGUCACGCAAGAACAUAGGUUAUCAUAUAGUCUAUAGAGAAGGACAAUUCUACCCUGUGAAUUAUUUGCGUAAUGUUGCCAUGUCACAAGUUAAAACACCGUACAUGUUUCUCUCUGACAUUGACUUUUUACCAAUGUAUGGACUGUAUGAGUAUUUGAAGAAAGCUAUUCCUAUGGCAGAUCUUAACUCUCAGAAAAAGGCCUUGGUGAUUCCAGCUUUUGAGACACAGCGUUAUCGCCUACAGUUUCCCAAGUCCAAAACUGAACUUUUAUCUAUGUUGGAUAUGGGGACUUUGUUUACAUUCAGGUAUCAUGUUUGGCCAAAAGGCCAUGAACCAACCAAUUUUGCUAAAUGGAGAACAGCUACCACACCCUACACUGUGUCGUGGAAACAAGAUUUUGAACCAUAUGUAGUGGUAAGAAAAGACAUUCCAAUGUAUGAUCAGAGGUUCCUGGGCUUUGGUUGGAAUAAGGUGUCUCACAUUAUGGAACUGGAUGCUCAAGGAUAUGAAUUUGUUGUGUUACCAAAUGCAUUUAUCAUUCACAUGCCUCAUGCUCCAAGUUUUGACAUUGCCAAAUUUAGGUCGAGUUCUUUGUAUAGAAAAUGUUUAAAGGUGCUUAAAGGAGAAUUCCAGAGAGAUCUUUCCAAGAAAUAUGGAAUCAGAGCAUUAAAAUAUUUAUCUGUGGAAUAACAUUUUCUUACACUGUUUUGAGGCUUACCAGGUUCCCUGUCUGAUUCAAGCUAAAAGUCUUUACUUUUAUUAUUUUAAAUAUAUGUUGUUGUUCUUCAACAUUUUAAGAAUUGUUUAAGUAAUAUUUCUUUUAAGUUUACACUGCUUUUAAUGUGAGAUUAAGUAAUUUAUUCCUAGUCAUGUUACUGGUAACCUCUUGUAAUACUCCACGACGUUAACUGCACCCACAGUAUCAUUUCUGUCCAGAAAGAUUGUUUUGGUAUUGUUACCACUGUUUUUACUAACUGUAUCAAGUUUUAUUGACUUGAAUGAAGCAUCCAUUAUUGGAUUAGUCAAUUAGUUUAGUUUUCAUUAUUUUUAAACAUACCUUUGCUAAGAAUCUCUGUAUAAAAUAUAUUCCUACAAAACCAGUUUUAUUAAUGUGUUACACACGUCUAUUUAAUUAACUAAGCAUUUUAAAAUUUUAACAAUUAAUGCAUUUGUGUUAUGUUUAAGUGUUGCUAUCUACCUUACACUUACAUACAUAUUAGGGUAUUAGAUGCCCACUUAGCAUUAUAUUUUAUAACAAUAAGAUGAUCUUAGAUAAAUGUUUAGAUCAGUGGUGUUGAGUCAAGUUUUUUGCUUAAAAUGUCAGUUGCAGCCUCUGGCAAGUGAUGAUUACAAAAAAUAAUGUAUGAUUAUCAUUAGUGAUGUAUUUGAAUUGUGCCUGAUAAUAGUAUAAAUAAUCUAAUGAAAUUUUCAGAAUUUUAUAUAUCAGAAAACAAGUUCAGUAAUGUAAUUAUUGUUUUAAUAAGGAAAACAAUUUUCUUUGCUAAUAAAUAUGUGUUUGAAAACAAUUUCAGGGUAAAUGUUUAGCAGUUAUUCAGUAAAAAUUAUGGUUUGUGAUAGGAAUAUUUUUUGACAGUAUUAUUUAGAGAAUUUCAAAACAUAUCUCCUAAAACCUGAUUCAUGUCUGUUAAACAAUUUUAGGUUACCCUAUUUAUUUGUAGGUGUUGGGUUUUGCAAUUUUCAGUCUUUAAACAAAUCUAAUGGUGUUGCAAAAUGUACACUGUUUCACAUGUAAAGUUUAUUUACAUUACAUUUUGUUUUCUGUUCAACAAACAUGGUUAAUUUUUUUUAAACAGACCUUUUAACUAUCAUUUUCACCACUUGCCAUAAGAUUAGCAAUGUUUGAUAAACUCUGAUUAGGUAUAUAAGUUUUCAUUUUACAGGCAGUGGUGUCUUUCAUACAGAAAUGUUUAAAAUGUUAUUUUAGAUGAUUACACAUUAUAAGAUAAUAAUGGAUCAAGUAGUACUUUUAUCAAAUUACUGUUAUAUUUGACUUUAAUAAUUUACUCAUUUGAAUAAAUUAUUGGUAUCUGAAUAAGAAAACAUUUAUUCAAUCGUAGAAGCAUUUAAUAUUUAAAACAAAGCAAAUUGUGUGAUAAACAAUAUCUGUGUGUUCAAAGUUUGUUCUUUUGAUUCUAUUUAAAACAUUUUGUGAAAAUGAUUUAACCCUGAUGCCUUCCAGAUCACAAUAGCCACACACAUAAAAUAGGCUAAAAUUGUUGUAACUUAUUAUCUUAAUGUUUUGCUGUAUGUUUUCAUCUGUGAUGAACUGGGUGAACAUUUUUACACUAAUAACUUUUUACUGGUUUUGUCCUGGUGUCUGUGACAUAAAAUACUUAUAUAUGGGUGACAUUUUUAACUUGUGAACAUUUUUCUUAUGUACAAUUUUUAAUCCAUUAGAAAAAUUUUAAUCAGCGCUAAUUUUUCUUUCUCAUAUUCCAAUGUUUAUUUAAUAACAUUGUUAUUUCUUAGUUCGGCCCAAAGCAUUUGCUUAAAAAGAACAUUUUUACCUCAAAAUUUUAAAACAUUCUAAAAAUCAAUAACUCAUUUUUCUAAAUCUAAUUACAACAAUUUUAAUUUGUUUCAUUCACUGUAAACUUAUUCUUUUAAUUUUUAAGCAAAUUAAGAUAAAAGGUUUAAAAUUGGUUUAGAGUAAUAAUUUUGUUGAAAAAAGUUAUUUCUAUGAUAAGAAUGUUCUGUAAGGUUGUGACUGCUGAUUGAAUUUAUUAAUUUAUGACUCAUACUGACUGACUAAAAAGGGUUGCGUUUACUGUUUAAUCCCACAAUAGAACAAAAAAAAUCAUUAAAAAAAUUAUAGACAAGUAUGUAGCUUAGUUAAAUGUGUAGGAUUGAUAUGAAUAUGCUAACACAAAUACUUAACAGUUUAAGAUUUUUGUACAUACUUAUGACUUCUUGUGGUUUACUUGAGUUGAAUAACAAAUAAGUUAGAAGUCUUUGUUUGCUUAUUUUUUGUUUUAAUUCUUGUUACAAAUGUGUUUUUAUCUACCAAAAAAAAAAAGACAAAAGAUAUUUUUUAUUUAUCACCUGAUUUUUCAAUGAGGAAUAUAAUUUGUACUUUAUGUGUCUGAAAAGGUUUUUAAAUACAUGACCAACUAUGGGGUUUUAUUUUUUCAUGCUCUUUACACUAAUAUUAUAAUCAGGUCUUUGAUGUUUUAACAGAUGCUUAAUAUCACUAUAGUGAUGGGACCAAAGGGCUCAAGCUCAAAAGUAGGCCUAAUAUUAAGCUCAUUAGAAGUCAGGACUUGGAGCUCUUCUGGGAAAAUCAAAUGAAACACUAUUUUAUCUGAUUAUGUAUUUUAUUUGUUGAAUUUGUACAAGUUUUUGAUGGUAUACUGCUUUUAGUCUUAAAUGUGAGUUUUAUUUAUAUGAAUUCAUCAUUUUUCUGUAUAUUUUGUGUAUUUUUAAUUUCAAUCAUUAUGUUUGUUAUGUUUAGAUAUUUGGGAACACAAAAAAGCCAUGAAAUUUAUGUCAAAUAUUUCUGAUGAUGCUAGUAAUCUCUUCUGAUUUACUAGUAAGUGGAAAUACUUUGUAAAACAAUAUCUUCUUUAUACUAAUGUUAAUGAUCUUCCAACUUAAAAAAAAAAUCUAAUUAAUUUUGAUAAAUGAGAAAAUUUUACUUGCAGCAUUGAGUUGUAUUUAAUGUUAUUCAUAACUUUGUAUAUUUUCAUAUUUAACUCAGUAGACUAAAGGUGAAAAUGUAUUAUCAUUAUCACAUUAAAUUAGCAUACAUUUAAAACUAACUUGCAUAUAUAUUAUAUGCAAUUGUAAUACAAUUUUUUUAUACAUGUGUAUAUAAUUAUUCACAUAAAUGUUAAUAGCUGAAAGU